GAGGCGACAGGCAUAGCGGGGGAUCUCAGCAACGUCCAUUCGAGUCAAUCAGGCGAGACAAUGGAGCCUGCGCUGCGACGAGCGGCUCACAGCCUGUGCGGGCGCUGCUCGGCAUCGCUGCGGAGGCAAAUCACCGCCGGGGGAGCGCUGAAGCCGUGGGCGCAAGUGCCGAUCCGGAGCGUCCAUUCGUGCAAGUCGGCAGACACCAAGCGGACGAUUGCGGCGUCCAAGUUGACGACAUCUGCUCGCGAGUACUCGUCUGAGGCUUCUGCGGCAGGAAAAGCUGCGCCUUCUACGCUUCGUCUCAGUCAGGAUGACCUGUUCCAUCCCUUUUCCGAAUCGCCAGUCCCCGAAUUCCGGCGCCGAGCUGCCUUCAUGCGACAGCAUGCAUACUGCCCUCACCCAGACCACAAGCAUGCGAGAGCCCCGAUCGAUGCGUCAACCGUUGGCGAUGCCGCUCCGGCUGCUGGAGGAGACAUGCCUCCUGCGAAUGUGGACUUUGAGUGCCCUGAUUGUGGCAUUGCCGUGUACUGCAGCAAGGAGCACUGGAUGGACGACUACGAAAAUCACUUGAAGAUCUGCGACACCCUCCGCCAAAUCAAUGAAGACGAGCACGAUCUCCGGUCUGGCAGAGUGUUCCAUGAGGGCAAUCUCCCCGACAUCCAAAUGGAGAAUGCUGCGGUUAACAUGACGAAUUGGGAUACGUUCAUGUACACCCGAGAAUUCGAAGCUGUAGACUCGGACCGAUCCAUGAGGCAAAUCACUCGACUUCUUACGUAUCCGAUUACCAUUGGCAGUGUUCUUCACGAGCUGAGCCCCUACAAUAUCCAGAAGGGAGGGCGUUUGACGGUCGAAGGACUGAAGAGCUUCAGCGCUUUGAGAUAUAACCUGCACAUACCCAGAUCUGGACGUGGUGCUGGCGUCAAUCAGCUUCGCCCGGAGCCCCCGCCAGUGAGGCUUUUCAUCCUCGGCGCACGAGCCGAAUCGUCUCUUCCCCGACCGAUAUGGGUGCAGCUGGCUCAUCUGUUCCCCGAAUCACGAUUGCACCUCAUCUUCAUCGGACCGGAGAGCAUGGCCAACCGAGAUGACGAGUUCCCAUUGCCUCCACGCACGCCCUCGAACCCAUUCGGCACCGUGGUGGAGGACCGGGUGUGGUACAACAUGAAAAUAAGCACCAUUGUGGACUACUACCACACCAUUCACAAGACAGGCUAUUUUGCGCCUUACGAUCCCUAUUUCGACUGCUUCGUCCUGUUCCACCCCGGACUUGGCCACCCUGCCAGCAGCCAUGACUGGGAGGAAACCUUGCCUUUGCUGUUGGAGACCAAGGUGCCAAUCAUCAGCACAGGGUAUACCGAUGUCGACGUAAAACGUGACGUCGAGUGGGUGAAGAAGAAGUCAGGAGGGGAGUUUGACAUGCUGCUGGAACCUGGAGAGAACAUCUUCCGGAGUCUGCGAUGGGAUCUUGAUGACAUGGACCCUCAGGAUAUCACCUGCGGUAACUGGGGCGUCUGGGCAUUCCGAGGAAAGAGAUACGAGACUACCACACGAGAUCUCUAAGAAGAAGGAGGAAGAAAAGACAGAGAACAGCUGGGCUCUGCAGUGGUAGCUUGGAUUCUACUGGACGUCAUGGUAUAAAAUGUGUAAAUUUUCCACGAGGAAUGUACAAAGUACGGUUGUAUGUGUAGAGGCACCUCUCCAAUGUACUAUAU